AUGCCUCCCACAGAUAUAUCUACAGCAUACGUCGAUCACCUGCACUCUUACUCUUCACCCCCUCAAUCCCCCACACCGUCAAUCCGCGAACGUUCAUUGUCACAUUCCAGCUCCACCGCUCGGGAAGAUAGCCCGCUCUUGAACAAAUCAUCACCAGAUCCAAACUACCAAGUACCCACUGCCCCCGAUGAGACGACCCCGCUUGUUCUCUCACAGCCAGUCGCCGAAACAGGAGAAGCGACCGCGUUGCUUGUACAAGCGGCGCCCGUAGAAGACAUCUUUGGGGGAUCGCACCACCGCUUUGAGACCCGUGAAGCACAUGCUACGCAUUGCAGUUGCGUCAGGGGGAAGCGUAUCUCGGCCGUCGCCUUGUUCGACGAGGAAGGCCGUAUGUACGGCAGCGGAGACGUUGUGGGCGAGGUGGCUGUUGCACCAGUCCAGGGUGGAAACGGCAAGGGACGCGAGCCUAGCCAUCAUGGGCAUGGGCAUGGGCAUGGGCAUGUACACGCGCACGGUAGCCAUGGUCACAGCCAUGGGCACUUCCAUCAUGGAAUGGACGCGUGGCAUUCGACCGAUAACGAGGCGCUAGGAGUCGAGUGCGAGGAAGAGUCUGACGAAGAAGAGGUGCGCGUCGGACGAAGGAGGCAGAUCGUUGGUAUCCUGGUACGCUUCAUCGUUGCUCUGAAAUGCACUCUGGCUUAG